AUGGGAAAGAAAACACGUAAAUCAGUUAAUGAAAAGGAAGCGAAGUCAAACUUUUUCAUUAAGCUUAGUCCAAAACUGGAAUCUAAUAAAGAUUCUAGUCCCACAGCUAAAAAAGGAUCUUCGGGAAAAAGUCCAGCGCCAGCAAAAUCUCCCAAAAAUCAAAAACCAAAGUCCCUUGUGAAAAAAAUAGGAUCAAACGAGAAAGCACAAAGAGAGAAUUCUAAAUUAACUUUUAAACCUACAAAAUUUUCCAAAACAUUUUUAGAGAAAACAUAUGGCAAAAGAUUCUUUCAGUUAGAAGUUAAGAUGGAAAAGUUUGAGCAUCCAAUUCUGGUCGAAUUUGAUGCAAAGGCAAAUGCUGCAAAAAAAGAAGCCAGGGACAAAAAGAAAAAUCUUUCAGUUUCUUUUAAAGAUCAAGUGGAAAUAUUUGGUAUUAGCGAUUCCGAUUCAGAUGUAGAAGUUUUAACUACAUCAGCUAUAAAGGAACCAGCAAAUAAAGCACCACAAAUACCUGUUACUCCAGCCAAACUUAUAAAAACAGAAAAUGGCAAAGUUGUAGAUACUAUUGAUUUGGAUUCGACAUUAUUUUUAGAUCCAAAAGAAGCAGUUGCUAGUACACCGUUAAAACUACCUGCCCGCAAAAAGCACGACAAAAAAUCGUUUAGUCCACUGAAAGAUGAAGGGUUGACAAGUCCACGUAAGGAGCAGCUUAAAUUGGCAGAUGAAAAAUUACCACCCAAAGACCUAAGGUGCCUAAGUACGGGUGAAGUCGAGGAAGAUGAUGAAGACGUGGAAUAUAUAGUUCCGUUUGAAGUUCCUCCGCGGACAGCAGCUAAAAGCGGUACUGAUACUGAAACAGGCGAUGAUCCAAAAGAAACAGAUUCUGAUAAGCAGAUACCUAACAAUAAUGAAAAUAAGGAAAACGAAAAUAAACAGAAUGAAAAGACAGUUGGUGAAGACGAGACUUCAGCAAAAAAGUCACCGGAGGUAUCUGUUUCUAGUGAAAUUGAUUCUAAAGUAGAAUCUUCAGCAGAAAGUUUCGCAACUGCGGGAAAUGAUAGCGAUAAUGAUGACGCCAGUUUUGCAAAAUUAAAUAACGUAACAGGUUCUUUGUCAAAAACAUGUGAUACUGCUGAAUGUAAUGAAAAUAAAAGAAUAAAUAUCGUUGAAGAGAAGGACAAAAAUGCUGACGGCAACGAAGAAAUAAAAGGUUCAAAUACAUUGAAAUUUGAUAAAUGCUCUAAUGAUAAUGAUAUGAUACUGCGCAUGGAAGAUGAUGUAUCCGAAAAACAUCAGGACACUGAAGCAUAUUCUGAGGAUGAUAACAAAGAUAGCGAGAAAGUUUCAAAUGAUGACAGCACCGAAACUCACCCACCUGAGCCAGACUCAGCUGCAGAUCCAGAAACCGAUGAUGAAGAAUUGAAGAAUUCACAGAGCAAAGCAGACAAACAAACUGUUAGUACGACUACUACGGAGUUAGUGGGAGUUACGAAUUCAAAUAACUAAUAAUUUAAAUGUUAUAUAAUCGUAGGUUUAUGUAGUAUAAACUACAUAAUUAAUUAAAAAAGUUAAAUUUUUUAUUUGUGUAAAAGUUUUGAAAGUGUUGA